GGUGAAGGCGAGUGCUGGGCUAACAGCCAACAGUUCCCGAGUAUCGCUGACGCUCUGUUCUCAGAAACAGAACAGCCUCUGCUCCCCUCCUCCCUCUUCAGGGUAUUCCUGGGCACAGGAACCCAGAAAUUCAACGCGGAGCGUGCAGACCCAAGCCCCAGCACAGCUGCGCAGGGCACGUGCACAUCCUCUCUGAAGUCCCGGCGAUUGGCUGUGACGUAAGUUCCGGCGUGAGCGGCGAAAGCCGGGAGGGCGAGCGGAGAGAGCCAGCAGGCAGCCGGCAGCAGGCGGGCGGGCGGACAGACUGCACGGAGGGAGGGAGUAAACGAGCAGUGAGUGAGCCAACGAGGGCGGCCGCGUCCCCAGAGAAGCCGAGAUUCCUCCCAUCCCUCUGACCCCCCUCCCCGGAGCCCACAGCGUCUCCGGUCUCUAGAGGAGCGGACGGCCCGGCCCGGCCAUGGCCUCGUUGCUGAAGGUGGAUCAGGAAGUGAAGCUCAAGGUUGAUUCUUUCAGGGAGCGGAUUACAAGUGAGGCAGAAGAUUUGGUGGCAAAUUUUUUCCCAAAGAAGUUGUUAGAACUCGAUAGCUUUUUGAAGGAACCAAUCCUGAACAUCCAUGACCUAACUCAGAUCCACUCAGACAUGAAUCUCCCUGUCCCAGACCCCAUUCUUCUCACUAAUAGCCACGAUGGACUGGAUGGGCCCACUUAUAAGAAACGAAGGUUAGAUGAAUGUGAAGAGGCCUUCCAAGGAACCAAGGUAUUUGUGAUGCCCAAUGGGAUGCUGAAAAGCAACCAGCAGCUGGUGGACAUUAUUGAGAAAGUGAAACCCGAGAUCCGGCUGCUGAUCGAGAAAUGCAACACGGUCAAAAUGUGGGUCCAACUCCUGAUACCUAGGAUAGAAGAUGGAAACAACUUUGGGGUGUCCAUUCAGGAGGAGACAGUUGCAGAACUGAGGACCGUUGAGAGCGAAGCUGCCUCAUAUCUGGACCAGAUUUCUAGAUACUAUAUUACAAGAGCCAAAUUGGUUUCUAAAAUAGCUAAAUAUCCACAUGUGGAGGACUAUCGCCGCACCGUGACAGAGAUUGAUGAGAAAGAAUAUAUCAGUCUGCGGCUCAUCAUAUCAGAGCUAAGGAAUCAAUAUGUAACUCUACAUGACAUGAUCCUGAAAAAUAUCGAAAAGAUCAAGCGGCCCCGAAGCAGCAAUGCAGAAACACUGUACUGAGGCCAGGGCCAGGGGACUCUGUGAGUCUGGCUCAAGACCGACAUUGCCUUGGUUUGUUACAUGACUAUCGUGAUGGGGAAACUGGCUGGAAAUAGUAAUCACACCUCUCUCUGUUUUUAGUUAGAAUCUAAUGAAACUCUCAUGUAGUUCUGUGAUGUGUUUACCUCUUUUUUCAGGCCUCAGGAACUCUUGUAUUUCCUUCCCUAGUACCCCGCACCUGACCUCUCCUAAUUUCUGGAGAACUUCCAAGUUUGUGUGUGCAGGAUAUUGGCACAAGAAUGCUUGUGUUUUCUCUUUUCCUUCUCUCUCCCUCCUGUGUCUCGGACUUUGUGUUUCCUUCCUUUUGGUGAUUAGUUGAUUAGAAGCUGAGGGAACUAAAAGGAAAGUGCUAGGUGUUUUUCAGGAACUGGGCUCAGGGAGACCAGCUCCACUCUUCCUGGUGUGGAGUUAGUGUCUUUGCCUCUGUGGGAAGUUGGAUCCUUCCUGUCACAGUUGUCCUGGUGAUAACUAGAGUUUCCUAUCUAUAUACAACCCACCUUGAAACUGAUCAUGAUAAGAAGCACCUUAGACCUUCAGCCAAGUCCCUAGCUCCUUCAUAUAUUUUUAUAACUAGAGUUUCCACAUACACAUGUGUGUGCAUAGACACACACAUGCAGACAAGAUGCUCACACACGUACACACACACACAACACACGUACCUUCUUAGUCUGUUACUUGACGUCCUACCCACCUACCUAGAUCUUGUCACACAGACCUUCCAGGAAGUAAUAGUUGUCUUAGUCGUCAUCCACUGAGAUCUACUAUCUCUUUAUUUUUUAACCUUUUGGUGCCCAGGGUGAAUUGGUGGAGAACUGAAAGAAGAGAAGUAGAGGGAUUGGAGUAGACCCUCCCUUUGUGACUGGGGUCCUUUUGGGUGUUAAAGAAACUGGUCCUCUGACUCCGGGUUGCCUCCUCCUAGGCCAGUUUUAGAUUAGGGUAGGGAUGCUUGCACCUAUGAAGGCCAGAUGCUGCUGCUCCUGCUAGGCUUUCCCUUUGGGGAAAAGAUGUCUCUUAUAGUAUUGUGCUUCCAGAGAAAGCAUUCAUUAGUGUGUAUGUGUGUGUGCAUGCACACACUUGCUUGUACACAUUGUGUAUGUGGAAAUUGACUGGGUAAGUCAAAACCAUAGAAGUCACCUCCUAUCUCUUGACACUUAUAGAGAUGUCAUUUCUUGUUACAACUUUUGUGUUCAUUCUCAUCAACCCCCUGCUUUUUACUCUACCACAACUGGAGAAUUACUACAUGCAGUUAACCUGCUGGUGACUCUCAGUAUCUGACUUACUAGCCUUGUCUCUGUCUUCCAACCACAAUCAUAUUGACACCUGGGUGUAUCAUUUUUACUUCUGCCCAGUAUGCUAUAGAGAAGGAGUUCAGAUGCCAUCUUCCCAUAAAUAGUACUCAGUAACAAACCAAUUGCAUUUUAGUUGGGCAAUGCCCUUAUCCACCCUCCAAAUCCCUUCCAGCUAAAACCUUACCUCCUACUAUGUUUCUCAGUUUCCUUUUUUGUUGGAUUGUUCUGCUGCCCCUCCUUACCCCUACCACCCUUGGAUUGUAAUGUAAAAUUCUUUCACCAUGUCAAGAAAUUAUUAAAAAUACAGGUACUUUGA